AUGAGUACAUGUCUUCAGAAAUCAUAUGAUUUUAUAGCAAAUAUCAUAAAUAAUUAUAAUUUUGAGUAUGCAACAAAACCAAUAAUUAUAGGAAUAAAUGGACCACAAGGUUCGGGAAAGACUUAUUUAACAUCAAAAUUAACUACUCAAUUACAGGAAUUUUAUGAUGAUUUAAAGAUUAUAAGCUUUCUGAUUGAUGAUUUUUAUUUACCUUAUAAUGAUCAAUUAAAGCUAACUAAGCAAGCAAAAUUGGACGAUAAUAAAUUAUUACAAGGUAGAGGAUUACCAGGUACUCAUGAUUUAAAACUACUAAAUGAAGUUUUUAAAAAAUUAAUUGAUAAUUACAAAUCUAAUUGGGAACCAAUGACGAUACCUUUUUAUGAUAAAUCGCUAAAUAACGGAUUAGGAGAUAGACUGGAUAACGAAAGUAUCAUACUAAAAGAACCAGUUGAUGUUAUUCUUUUUGAAGGUUGGUUUAAUGGUUAUAGACCACUAGAUAAUGAUUCAUUGAGACUAAAGUAUUUAACAAAUUCUCCUGAUUCGAUAAUACAAGAAAAUAAAAUGUAUCAUAUAGAAGACAUAAACAAUAGACUUAGAGAUUAUGUUCAAAUAUGGAAAUACUGUGAAUUCAACAUAUUUAUAAAUACAGAUUCAAUAUCAAAUGUAUAUAAAUGGAGGAUGGAACAAGAACAUGCACUUAUAAAAUUGAAAGGAACAGGGAUGACAGAUGAUCAAAUUAUUAAAUUUGUUGAUAGAUAUAUGCCCAUGUAUAUCUUGUAUUACGAUAAGUUGAUUUCACAAGGCCUUAGCUCACCUAAGAAUAAUUUAAUUUUAGACAUUGAUGUAAAUAGAAAUUUAGUGUCCAGUAAUUAUAGAUAA